AUGCACCCAGAAAAGGGCUCCAUCAGAGGCGAUCUCUCCAGUGGCAUGAUACGAGUCCUAGGCGUCCAACAAACCAACGAAGUCAAAGCCACCCAGAACCUGGCCAUCAUCGUCCUAUUCUUCAUGAUCUGCUGGUUCCCCCUGUACACCAUCAACUGCAUCAUCGCCUUCAACCCGGACUUCUACGUCCCAUCCACCGUCAUGCUGUGCAGCAUCAUCCUAUCCCAUCUAAACUCCGCAGGCAACCCCUUAUUGUACGCUUACCACUUGAAGGACUUCCGCGCGGCGCUGAAGAACUUCUUCUUGACCUUGUUCGACCGCACCAGUUAUUGCGAGCCAGUGUCCAAGAACGCUCGCGAUUACAAUUCCAAGCUGAGGAAAAGGGCUUGCAGUGCGUCUACUUGCAAUCUCACCAGCCUUGGGAACAAGCCAUCGGGGAGAGUGAAGCUCAUUGUUCCGGAGAAGAUUUCCACUAUUGUGAAGAGCUCGGCUGUGGUUGCAGCUGCUACUACUGGCGAGAUCAAUCAUGCUAUAUGGAAUAUCUCGGAGAACUCCGUGUCGUCGAGUGAUUCGCUCAAGUCUGUGGAUUCGUUGAAUCACGAGAAAUGCUGCUUGAUGAUUCGGCCUGCUACUCCGUAUAGGCCUAGGAGUUCCAGUGAUUUCAAUUCGAUUAUCAAGGGUUCAGCACAAGACGACGAGUCUGAUGACGGUUUCAACGAGGAAGAAACGUUGCCCUACCACGACUACGGCCUCGAAGACGAUUGCAAGCUAGAAACUUGCUUCACCAAAUCACCAAAACACAUUCCUUCUAGUCACAAGAGAUCGCUGUCCAACUCUUCCCCGCAAAUCUCCAUAGGACUUUAUUACGUGGAAAGGGACAGGAUCAGCUUGCAGGGUUACCCUUCGAAUGGGUUCGAGCCCAACAGGGUGAAAUCAGGUGCGAAUGGGUCGCGAAAGGGUCUGGAUACUCUACAGAGGUAUGAAGAAGCAGAAUAA